GUGAAGUAUCCCUUUUGGCAUCGCCGCUAUCGCCAUGGUUAACCGCGGACGCUCCAAAGGGUGCGUUACGUGCAAACAACGACGCGUCAAAUGUGACCAAGCGAAACCCAAAUGCCGGACAUGCCAUCGUCUAGGACUUCAAUGUGAGGGCUACCAGACAAGAUAUAGCAACCUAAAGUUCAAAGACCAGAAUUACAAGUUUUGCAACGAAAGCACUAGCUCCAGAGCCACUCGCGACAAGAAUCAGGUGUCUAGUCCACGAGCGUUAGCCGAACCAGACACCUCAGUGUCUUUCUUUCUUCAGUACUACGCCGGCAUGGGCCGGAGUUUGGGGUCCGCCCGCGGGUUUUUCGAGGUCCUCAUCCCAGUGUAUUGUUCUCAGACACAAGAUUCGCCUCUCAUAUUGGCUGUGUCAGCCGUAGCUUCUAAAAUACUGUCUCUAUGGCGACAUGAUCGCUGCCAGGAUUCACGAGAGAAAUAUACUCAGGCCGUCAAAUGUCUUCGGAGUACGUUAAAGGAUCACAAUGAAUGGGAGAAGCCGGCAACUAUAUCAGCUGUGUUGUCACUGCAGUUAUAUGAGAACAUUGCCACUAUCUUCGGCCUUCACUCUGGAACAUCCAUACACCACAAUGGCGCAUUGUCUUUGCUCCCAUUUGCAAGUUCUGAUAAAGCCGACUGCGUUACCCACAUUCUUCUUCGGAGGUUUAUUCUUCAUUCCGAGAUUUGCUCUGCGAUGCGCCAAGAAAGGCCAUUGCAAGAUACUGCAUACUCCUGGGUCAAGGGCAAGGAUUUGAUAGUAUCCGCAGAUAACCCAAGCUCUAGACUUGAUGCCAUAGGGGCUACUGUUGCCGAGUUACAAGCUAGUUAUAUGCAGUCCGCAACACGGCACGGUUCUAUCACUUCUUCGCAGAAAGCUCCAAGAGAUUGGCGGAUCGAGGCAAAACGCCUAGACGACCGAUUACUGGCCUGGUCAAGAAAGGUUCCAGACCAUUGGCAGCCGCUGAAGCUCAGAAGUGGACAGGACGUCGAUUCUUCAAUCCCAACCUAUCGAUCCCUUUGCGAGGUCUAUCCUACGUGCCAGAUUGGAACGAUUUGGAACCUAUGGCGCGUUCAACGUCUCUUGCUUCUUAGGAUCAUCCUCAGCUCAUAUGCAAUUCCAGAUCCAUGGAAAUUCGAUGAUCGAGCCGAUGAAGUAUCUGCUAGUGAUGAACAUCUGGGAGAGUAUGUUCAUACUCUCCAGGAACUAGUGGAUUCUGUGUGCCACAGCGUACCCUUUUAUCUCGGUAAUCGAUCCAAUCCUCUCAAUCUUGCCGACUUUGGCGACACAGGAAUAUUACUUCCAAGCUCUCACUCCCUAGCCGUUGAGGAUGAAGGAGUCUUUGACAUGCAAGGUAAGAAGGGCCAAACAUCAAGAGAAGAUUACAGACGCCACAUCAUUGCUCAAGGGCCAUGGCAUAUUAUGAGCCCGCUGAGUCGCUUGUUGACGCUCUUCUCAGAAGGCCAUGGUCAGUAUUUGGCGAGCUUUCUCAGGCCGGGACAACAUGAGUGGAUCCGCGAACAAUUCUUGCGUGUCACCCUUUUGCUUCGGAUUCCACUACCAGGGACUAGUGGCAUAAAGAGAUUAUAUACCUUUGCAAAAUCGCCCGGCCAAGAACCCACAGAUUCAGAAAUCGAGUAUCUGGCGAAGGAAGUCCGAAAAGGUGCAAUAUUUAUGAGUGGACCUUAGACUCGAUAAGACCACUAGAACCCAACUUUUAUAUGCUCUAUUUGCUUUACUUGGUAUCUUCUCUCGCUAUAAUCCGAUGUCCGGGUUGACGAAGACAGAAUCACAUCCUGCAUUUCUUCUCCGCUCAAUCCCUCUCUGUAGAUGAUUAAGCCAUUUGAUAAUACUCUUGUCGGCCUCAAGCAUCCAGCUAAUCGACCAACUUUUUCAUAUGGUGUUCAUGCUGAUCUGACAAUCGAGGCCUUAAGCUUGAGAUGGACCUUUCAAUAUUCAUCAUUUUGGUGUCUUGUUAUCGAGAAGACUAAGCUUAUAGAAUUAUAUUACAGACAAGAAUUGAAGCUUUUGUGUGUAAGCAGAUGUAUCAAAAAUUAUGGAGGUGCAGGAUGCAAACAAUACAAACAUAAAAAUAACAUUCAG